UGGUUUCUUUAGCAAGAUGGCGGCGAGCGGCCUCCGGCGGGCUGCUGCUACGGUGCCCACUUCAGUGAAGCCCAUUUUUAGUCGGGACAUGAACGAAGCCAAGCGGAGGGUGCGCGAGUUGUACCGCGCCUGGUAUCGAGAGGUGCCGAACACUGAGAGAAGAGUGCACUUGUUCCAACUCGACAUCACUGUGAAGCAAGGACGGGAUAAAGUCCGAGAAAUGUUCAUGAAGAAUGCCCACGUCACAGACCCCAGGGUGGUAGAUCUUCUGGUCAUUAAGGGCAAGAUGGAACUGGAGGAAACGAUCAACGUGUGGAAGCAGCGGACACACAUCAUGCGGUUCUUCCAUGAAACAGAAGCGCCGAGGCCAAAGGAUUUCCUGUCCAAGUUCUAUGUUGGCCACGACCCGUGAAGUCACUCAGGGGAAGGGUGCAUGUUGAUAUUUAAAUAUUUUAGAGCGCAAAUAAACUGAGUAUGUGAUGGUCA